AAAGUGACAUUUUUUUUUCAACAUAUCAACGGAGAACGAAGGCAUCAGUCAACAGCACAACAAAGUGUCGUGGGUGGAUGGACUGGAUGCAAACAUAAUAAAAGCUCUCGUGAUUCAUAAAAUAUGUCUCGAACUAUUUACGUUACCGGAUUCGGCCCGUUCGCUGGCCACGAAGAACGCAACGCCAGCUGGGAAGCAGUGAAGCUACUCCCCGAUUCGUUCCACCACAAGAAGGUUAAAUAUGAAGUGAAAAAGUUGGAAAUACCUGUUACUUACGAAGCCGUCGAUGCAGUGGUUCCCAAAAUCUGGAGCGAAAAUCCUGCGCUGGUUAUCCAUGUCGGCGUCCAUGGUCGAAUCGAUUCGAUCAACUUAGAAAAAUGUUCCUACUCAUCGGGCUACUGUCGGCCGGAUUUUGCCAAUAAAUGUCUACCCUGCGAUAAGAUACCGCUGAAAUCUUCCAACGAUAAGGGCAAGUGUGAAGUACUUGAAACAAACCUAAAUGUGGAAGAAAUUGCUCGUGAGUUGACCAUGGUCAAGUGCUCGCGGGAAGUGGGCAGCUACCUGUGCGGAUACAUCUACCUCAAAUCUCUGGACAUCGACCGGGAUCGGUCCUUGUUCAUUCACGUGCCAGACAUCGGAAAACCUUACAACUCCGAACAAACGAAUCAAGCCAUCCAAAAGGUGAUGGCACGAUGCAUGCAGCAGCUUGACGCAGAGGGCAAACUGUAGAGGACGUCCGAAAGGAUUAAUUUCGGAUGGAAUUGAGCACGCAGUUCAUAUUACCCAAGUUUUAACUGAUCUUAAUUUUAGUGUUUGAUGGAAUAAUAAUAAUAUAUGUUUUAACCAGCUUUCCUAGA